CCCAGGGAAUAAUGAACACCAGGAAAAGCAAAACAACACCAGUGAGGUUACGCUGAGCUCACAUUUCCUGACUGUGCUCUUGCACAGUGAAAGAAGUUACUAAAAUCCUGAUCUGAGCCUCUGGCAGGAUGGAAGCAGGAGAAGAAGCUCCUCUGCCUGGAACUGCCUGGAAUGCAUACGUAAGCAAAUUUAGUCAUGGAAACGCAGCAGGCAGCCCCUUGUCAAACACAACCUCACGAGUGACAGCAACAACCACAGACCCGUGGCUGGAUGCUGCCAAUUCAAGUCAGUACCCGUAUGAGUACCUGGAUGAGGAGGAUUAUGGGCUCUAUGGCCUCUGCACCAAAGAGGAGGUGCUCUCCUUCAGCAGGGUGUUCUUGCCAUCAUUUUACACCGUGAUCUUCCUGGUUGGCAUGGCCGGGAAUGCCCUCCUGUUUAUUGUCCUCCUCAUGUACAUCAAGAAGAAAAAGAAAAUGACUGAGCUGUACCUGCUGAACCUGGUAGUUUCAGACUUCUUCCUGCUACUGACCCUUCCUUUCUGGGCUCUACACAUUUCUCAGUGGGUCACCUGGGACAUCUUGUGCCCGGUCUUAAACGCCAUGUACACUCUGAACUUCUACAGUGGCAUCUUCUUUGUGAGCUGCAUGAGCUUGGACAUGUAUCUGCAGAUAGUUCAUGCUUGCUCGCCUCACAGCUCCAUGGUGUGGAGGAAUUCCAUCCUCGUCUUGUUGGUGAUGUGGAUCCUUUCCAUAGCUCUCUCCAUUCCUGAUGGCCUCUUCACCAGCACAAGACAAAUCCACAACGAAACCAUCAUGUGCACCCAGGAUUAUGGCCAGGAACAUUUAUUCUGGAAAGUUGUCUUUCAGGUGAUUCAAAACAUCCUGGGAUUCCUUUUCCCCUUCCUCUUCAUGACGUUCUGCUACUGCCGCAUCGCGUGUGUCCUCAGCACCUCGCAGAUACCUGGCUCCAGGAGAGCUCUCUGCUUAGUCCUUACUCUGGUGGGGGUCUUCUUUGUCCUGUGGUGUCCCUACAAUGUUGUCCUCAUCCUCCACUCCCUACAAGAUGUCGGUGUGAUCAGGAGCUGUGAAAGCAGUAGGAAACUGGACUAUGCCUUGCAGAUCACAGAGAGCUUGUCCUUUGUCCACUGCUGUCUCAACCCCUUGCUCUAUGCUUUUGUGAAGAAACGGUUCAGGGCAUAUUUGUGGAAGAUCCCUCAGGCCAUUUUCAGGAGAGGUGCCUUCUUCCCCACCCAGGAGUCCCAGACGAGCCCCUCUGGCAGCAGAUACCCAGUUGAGAUAGAAAUCUUGAGCAUCACAAAUGCAUCAUAAAUAUUUACAUUAUUUACAUUAUGUGUGUGCCCUCUAUGCUGUAUUUUACUGGUCCUGCCCAUGAUGGAGUUGGUGUGAGCCCACAGCACUGUGUAACCAGAUAGCUCAUCCUAGAAACAACCUCGAGAUGAAGGACUUUCCAUAUUGGGAUUGGAAAAGUACACAUGGGAUUUGUUUCCGUUGCAAGUGGAAUUAUUAUGAAAGGAUUGUCCUGGAUUUACACUAGUGGAAGAAACCCAGUUCUCAUCUGGAGUAUGUGAGGCAUUAGCAAAUAAAGGAGCAGAUUUCUCAGUGUUGUGCCUUAAAAAAUGCAAACUGAAACUUCAGAAGAAAUUCUCCUCCACCCUGGCAUGGGCUGGGAAAUGGAUUUCCAUGCUCAUCCAUCAGGCCAGAAACACAGCCAGGGGGUGGCUUUGCUUCUCCUGGCUUCUUACCAUCUGCCAGAUGAUUUAACUGGGUGUGAACAAGUUCAGAAACCAGCCGAGGUGGCAAAAUAUCUGAAAGAGAAAUACAAUGACAAUUCUAAUGAGAACAAGCUCCUUGCAAUAGGAUGGGCUUUGGCAUGUGCCUAUCGCACACUGCAGCAGGUAAAGGUAUGGUGGGCGGUGGUCCAAAUACAAGUAUGGGGAGGCCUGGCAGAUUGAUUACA